ACCUUAGGUGAGAGCUGGGAGCCGGUGAGAUAAAGGAGCAGGGAGCUCCAUGGAGCACACAGUGCUCAGCAAGCUGACCUAGCAGACACACCGCUCUCACUAUGGAUUCUACACACUAUAUACUGAAGGCCACCCUGGCUCACAUGUGUUCCAACAGCAGCGCCGGCGCAGUGCACCGCGGUCAAGCAGAAAGCUCUGCCCUCUGGAGGCCCUGGGUGUCUUCUAAUAGAGAUAGAGAUUUAGAGACUCAACAAAGACUGGAAUCUAAAGCAAACAAUGAUGAUCAGCAUAUUACUAGCAAAGUGGCACAUGGCUUUCAACACCCAGUACGGCUGUACAUGCCAAAAUCGAAAACAGAGGAGUAUCUGAAAAACAUGGGAAAGAAAGUCCUGGCCAAUUUCCCAGUCCAGGCCACCAUCCAUUUCUACAAUGACGACACCGACUCUGAAGAAGAGGAGGAAGAAGAUGAAUACAGUAUGGAAUGUUAUAACUACUACCGGAACGCUGAGCGUUUUCCAGGAAAGGAGAUGGAAGAAGUCACACAAGGCAUUUCUAAUUACUCAGCAACAGCCACUAAAUAGACCAACCAGUUAGCAGGACAAAAAAAAAAGUGCCUAAUUCUGGUGUAUAGCCCUGGCUGUAUCUUUGCACCCCCAGAGGUUCUCGAUGUGUGGUGAUUGAAGGACUCCAUCCUACCAGGCGGUACACGGGCAUUUUUGCAUAGCAGUAUGCAAAUACCUUCUGUUUUAAGAAGGAUUAUUACGGCAAUGGACACUUAAGUGAUUGCUAAGACAGAACUUAAGUUCUUCAACAUGACUGUACAGAGACAUGAGAUCAUGAUACAAAGGACAAACCUUACACAAGUAUACUAACGACAUGUUUAAUCACACUUGAGCUAAAGUGGACCUAAACUCUUGAAGAAAGCAGGUGCCAUUCGAUAUUUAGUCUGCCCAUGUUAAGAAAAAGAUACACUUUUUUUGAAUGGUAUGGUUCAACUGUAAAACAAGCAUUCAUGGAUGCUAUUUUGCCAUGGCACAGGUCUGGCCAUCCAUAAACAAGCAGAGUGCCCUGAGAGGGAGGACAUUAAAGACUGUGCAAUGUGUGAGUAUAGAAGGUUGCUGACUGCACCAUCUGUUGGCCGGCAUCUCUUGGAUGUAGAUGGUCAUGCCAAAUGUGAAAGUGAGGGUUAUGGCCACAUCAGAUGUUAUGUUUUAGGUUACAAAAUCUA